AUGGGUCGGGACAGGCAGGGACUCACCCCAGAACCAGUACCUGUACCGGCCUACUCCGGGUCUCUACUUUCAGAACCGGUACAUGUACCGGCAACUCCGGGUCCGGUAUUUUGGACCGGGUCUUGUGCAACUCUAGUCAAAGCUGACCUUGAAGCUGAGCAUAAAGAAGAAGAGUACCGGGACUCAUUAUACAGCGAUCCUGAUAUUCAUCCAGAAUUUGUCAAUGAAUCUGAUAGAGAUUCCGACGAAGAACUCGAAGAGGAUUCCGCGAAAGACGACGAUGAUGAAUCCGAUAAUUCUGACAAAUCUGAUGACUCCGAUGAAUCUGACGAUUAG